AUGAAUGAAAAGAAGAAGACUCCAUUCCAGGAGGCGGAGAAGAAAACAGAAAAACAGGAAUUAAGUGAAAAAAUGGAAAAUAAUUUGAGUGAAAGGAAGAAAGAGCUGUGGAUUAUUUCAAAGAGUUUUGGAGCUAUUACACUAAUUUCUGCAUUCAUGAAUCUGGUCCUGGUAGGGAUAAUGAUAUUCAUGCUAAACAGUCUGAUUAAAGGCAUAAUAUCGGAGAAUUCCAGGCAAAUGGCUAUUCAAAAAGGAAUUUGGUCGAACUUUGUUGAAAGAAAUUCAAGAAUUGAGAAGAAUUCUCAGAAUGAAAAAAUGAAUAUAAAUAAUCAUUGGAGAAAAGGAGCAGGAGUACUUCCUUUAAAUAUGCUUUACAAUGCACCGUUAAAAAGUCUAGAGAAUGUAGAUGCUAUUAUACUCGAGUUUGACGAACCAGAAAAAGUAGAACCAGAGACUCAAAAGAUAAUGAAAGGGAAAAGAUACCAAUAUAUGUAUCAUGUGGAAUCAAUUGUAAGAGAGGUUUCUAUAGAAGAGACGGAAGGAGAAAAAACUCAAGAGGAAGCGGUAUUAAAGUUUAACUUGACAAAUGAAGGUACACUCAGUGUUUAUAAAGACAAAGCUAUUUUAAGGGAUAGGUUAGGAAACAAAGUAAAUGAGUUAUUUUUUGAUUCAGGAAAUCAAAAAAAUGAGUACCAAAGCAAGGAGACGGAAAAACUUCUUAGAUCAGAUCCAAAGGAUGAAGGCAGUGAAAAACAAGGUGAAAAUCAAUCAAAGCACAGAAAGUUGAUAUCUUCCAAUUCCCAUAAACACUCUGCAUCUCAUUCUUUAAAAACUCAAAGUGGUUAUAUGGCAGCCGUUUGCAAAUAUGGAUGUGGAGAAAUGGGAGUUACCUAUCCGUACUAUUAUCGACCCUUCUUUGGAUAUGGGUUUCCUUUGCUGGGAACUGAACCAUACUUCCAAAGUGGAUAUGGUGGAAAUGUUGAAACUGCUAUGAAUAAUAAUAUGUUCAAUCCUGAGUCCGCGAGUCCUCGUCCUCCAGGUGUACAGGCAACUCCACAAACAUCACCAUUCGCAAUGGGCGAAAACCCAUAUAGUUAUCCAUAUUCAUCCAGCCCAGGAGGAGGAUAUUAUUAUUACUAUAACUACUAUCCUCCCCCUCCAAACCUAGCAGAACCAUUCCCUUACUAUCAAGAUAACUACUUUUUUGUCCCACAGAAUAUUACAGAUGAACAAUAA